AUGAUCCAGCGCUCUGGAUCGGGGAGAACUUCUAUGCGGGUGGGUUUCACCGUGGCGCUCUUCACCGGGCGUACUCGGUCCUGGUUCAGGCGACGAGGGAUUCAACCGUCACAACUCGUGGACCUAUCUGUACAGCGACGGGUGCCAGCAGUGCGCAGUAUAGCGCUCGACGGCAUACCGACAAGCAAGCCGCGAAUGCAGAGCCCCAGUGAAGCCGAGCGGCCCUCGGCCCGGACCGAGGGCCCCAGCGGCCGCAGGUCGAAACGUGCACGGGCGCCGCGCUCCAGGAGCAAGUCUGAGAAAGACAGCUCCGCGUCAAAGUCUGUUAAGACGUAUGCGGAGCCGGACCAGCCACGCAAGCGGUCGCUGGAGCAAGCCUCCGCUGAGGCGUCUCUACCAGCACGAAAGGAAACCGAAGACAAUUCGGCGAAGAAGGGUGGGCGCAAACCACGUAAAGAGAAGCUGGAAGCGCUCACCGAGUUGGCGAAAGAGCGUUUGCGAGAAGAACAACGUAAGCGACUUGAAGUGCAGCAGAUGGAACGAGAGCAGCGAGAACGAGCAGCGGCUGCGCAGCGCGAAGGCCAAAGUGAUGACGUGCUUCGGGAACGAGGUCGCAGCUCUAAGUACGAUGGACCUGUCGAAACAGACGACGACAACGACGAGGACGACGACGACGAAGCAAUGCAGCUAGGGGAGCGCUCGUUGACCUUGGAUGCAAUGGCAGAGCCGUCGCUUGCCACGGAUGAUAGCGUGAACACCAGCAGCAGCAGCAGCAGUAGCGCUGGUGAACGCCAGAACCGCGACUCGCUUUUCGAUUAUUUGGAUGAAAUUCGUCGCUAUCAACUUAUCGAGCAUGAGGAGGAAGUAGCGCUCGCGCGCGAAGUGCAGCACUUGAAUAGAAUCGAAGAGAAACGACAAGAUCUAGAGAAGAUGCUCCAUCGACCACCGACAUCUCAGGAGUGGGCACGGGCGCUGAACAUGAAGUCUGCUGCGGAGCUGCAGGAGGCGCUUGCUCGCGGACACCAGGCCCGGAAUCGUCUCGUAACCAGCAACUUGCGUCUGGUGAAUGCAAUUGUCAAUCGAUUCAGCCGGCGUGCAGAGGCGAUUGGUGUCACCAUGAGCGAUCUGAUGCAGGAAGGCUCGAUAGGACUCAUUCGAGCAGCCGAGCGUUUCGAUGGAUCCCGCGGGUACCGCUUUAGCACAUUCGCCUCGUGGUGGAUCCGUGCGUCCAUUUUUAGAACGCUUGAUGAAGCGUCGAGGAUUAUUCGGCUACCGUCGCGUGUCACCGAUGCGUACCAGCGCCUACGCAAGCUGCGGCGAUUGCUCACUGCAGAGCUGGGUCGGGAACCCACCGAGGAUGAACUCGCAGAGCGCGCGGGCAUGGCGCCCGACAAGGUGCGCUUUGUCUUCGAACAAGUGAACCGCCAGGUGCUCUCCUUUGAUCGCGGUAUGGAUACGACUGAGGACCCUGAUCCCGACAGCGGCAGCUUUCUUGAGUCCAUUGCAGACCCUCGGGACGAAGAGGAUCUCGUGGACUCUUUCAUGAAGGAUGCAGUUUUACGCUUGCUGCGAUCUGUGUUGAAUGAUCGAGAGGUGUUUGUCCUGAGAUUGCGAUUUGGACUGGACGACGAUGAACCGAAAACGCUGCAACAGGUAGCAGCGAUUUUGAACGUUUCGAAAGAGCGUGUGCGUCAGAUAUCGUUUGCGGCGCUAGCAAAACUGCGCAAGUCACAGAGCGCUGAGCGCUUGCGCAAUGAAUUUGCGGAGUAUUUCUGA